CCAAAUGUCAGUUUGCAAUCGAACGUCGCUAUGGAAAGGCUUAGAUCAAAUUUAUACUCCUAGUGCUAGUUUAUUAUUAUUGUAACAACGUACCCAAACUACCAACGAUGAGACACAAGUAGAAUAAAAACGUGACAUUAUAUCUGUGAUAAAUCCCUUCAAAGACAGCUUAGAAUAUUAUACUUUCUCCACUUAAUUUGAAGUCACACGUAGUCGCGAAUUUCGCAAGUUGUUUUUGCGCUAGUAUACUUUCGGCAUAAGGGAAUAGUUAACGAUGGAGAACAGCAAUGAAGCUAGUACGAGCAAAUGCGAAAGUACUUCCAGGAAUCUACUGGAUCAGCCACAGUGUUUGGAGGUCAUAAAGCCGAGAAAAGAACCCUUUUGGGUUUUUGGCUACGGGUCGUUGUGCUGGAAUCCAGGAUUUGAAUAUAAGCAGAGUAUUACUGGUUACGUGAAGGGAUUUUCCAGAAGGUUUUGGCAAGGGAACACCACGCAUCGCGGGACUGACCUUAAGCCCGGUCGCGUUGCUACGCUAAUAGAGGACCAGGAAGGUAUCACCUGGGGCAAAGCAUUCCUAGUUGCCGCCGAUAACAAGGCUGCCCUGCCCUACCUCAGCACCAGGGAGUGCCAGCUCGGAGGCUACCGGACCUACACCGUCAACUUCCACGCGCGCCCAUCCUUCUUUCCCUCAAACUCCACAAGCGAGAAAAAAGACGCAGUUCUAUAUAUUGCAGUCCCGGAAAACCGGCACUGGCUUGGGGCUGCUCCUUUACCAGACAUCGCGAAACAAAUUCUCGAAUGUUCCGGAUCUUCCGGCUCCAAUACCGAAUACCUUUUGAGGCUAGCUGACUUCAUGAGGGAAGAGAUACCUGAAGCUUUAGACGACCAUCUGUUCUCAUUAGAGAGGCUCGUCAGAAAGUUUGCUGCCGAUAUGAAGAUUUGCUUAAGAACCUUGAUGGGAGGAGACCAGGUUGUGGAAAAUGUGGAGGUAUCGGAAGAGAAAGAAGCGACGGCGGUUGUCCCCAGCUACCAGUUCGCUUCGAGAAUUCCCGAGAAGAAGUUGCGUUGCGUGAACAUGUGAUGAGUGCGCGAUUGUAUUGUAUGGUAAUUAGGUAUGUUGCUUUAAGCUCAAACGAGUAUGUUAUGGAAUGAAUGAGGCGAUAAUGCCAAACAUAUGCGCGACUUUGCUUUGAAAAUGUAUGACAUGUUUGAACGGUGACGAAUGAUAAUACACUCUCUUUUUU